GUUUUUUUAUUUAAAUUUAUUAAUAGACCUACUGUCUUCCAACCGCUCAUUAACGAAAUUUUAAUAGAGUAUUUAAAUAAGUUUAUUAUAGUCUAUAUUAAUGAUGUGUUAAUUUGUAGUAAUAAUAUAACUAAAUAUAAAUUAUAUAUAUAUUUAAUAUUUAAAAAACUAUAA